AUGCUGAACCAACUUUUGGAUCGUUUUUAUCCUGCCAAGUAUCGCCGCAGAAUAGGUCUAUCGGGACUGGAUUACUGCGGAAAAACGACUCUAAUAAACAAGCUCAAAUACGGCAAAGUCAUCGAGACUAUCCCCACAAUAGGUCUGAUAUUCACCACUGCGAAUGUCAAUGUACCUACAUCUGAAGGCAUCCUACGGUGUACUGUAUGGGAGACGGGUGCUCCAGGAUGCAGUCCCCAGUCAUAUAGGAAUUUGAUCAAGUCGGUACUUACCCCGUCCGCCGCAAUUAUAUGGUUAGUAGACGGUCGUGAUCGUGAUAGGCUUGAGGAAAGCGUCGAGGAGCUUGAAUCCGUUAUGGAACCGGGUGGGGCUCAUACGCUUUCUGUUACUGCCCCCAUUCUAAUACUUGCAACCAAGCAAGACCUUCCAAAUACUGUACCAUUAGAAGAUAUACGUCGCAAGUUUAACCGUGCUAUAUCUGGACGCAAAGCCGUCAUCUUUGGAAUAUCUCUUGUUCAGGAGGGAUCGGACGGGCUUCUGUCCGCUUUCGAUUGGUUGGAAGCUGCUCUCAAGAACGCUCCGUCAUCUGAACCAUCCACUGUCCUGUCAAAUAGUUCCAAUCUUGCUUCGGAUCCCGAAGGAUCAUUCGAAAAGAAACUGAGCUCAUGGAUCUCCCGUGCGGAGACGGAUUCUUCACCGGAAGAGUUUCUUUCACAAUUCCAUGCUAUAAAUCUCCCAUCCUGGGACCAUUAUACACAUAUCCGCCUGGCGUACGUGAUUUUAACAACUUUCGGGCGACAGAAAGGCAAAGACAUGAUUUUUAGUGGAAUCGAGAAGUAUAUCCGCGAAAGCCCACAAACUCGCGGUCGAACUUUCCAUGUUACUAUGACCUACUUCUGGAUUCAGCUUGUGCAUUUUGGCAUCUGCAAUAUGCCGUCUUUUACCCCUGCUACGAGCACGAUGAAGGAGGAAAGUCACAAGGUCACUUACUCAUCUGAUGUAGAUGUAUCGACUGUAGCGGAAAGUUACCGGAGUUUCAGCUCGACUUCAAGUUUCACGCUUUUGCCAAGUCCUCAGACUGAAUUCGCGGGAUUUCUUCUACUAAAUCCCUUCGUCGCUCAGCCAAAUUUGUGGGAGGAGUAUUAUUCUAAGGAUGUUAUCAUGAGUCCUGAGGCAAAAAAGGGGAUGGUACUUCCUGAUAAGAAAUCGUUACCCAGCUUGGUGUAUCAUACAGUAAAAAGGUAUGCAGACAAUUGA